CGCGGCCUUGGCCCGAUGUUCGGCCCCAGGGAUUACGGCUGUGGGUUUAUGGGUAAUGCAUGGGGAAGGUAGGUAAGAGUCAUUUCUUUGCUUUAAUAUCUCCCUGUGCCGCUCUCCUUCUCUUUUUUCCUGCUUUUUAUCAUUGCCCAGCACGCAAACUGCUAUAGUUGAGACGGAAAUAGUGCCUACUAGCUGCGUCUAUUCUCAGUCGAUCGCCACACCACAAUCUCUGCUCUCGGUGGCAAAUAUUUUCCUUCAAGACGUGCAGAUUUAAUGACAAGGAGACUGCAAAGAACGUCCUGUCCCUCGCUCUACUGCAUACCAUGAACCCCAACCCAACUGUCACCACAUAGCACACGCCCAUACAAUGUCGACGACAACGCCCGUCCCCCCGCUCCCCGCGAGCUCCCAAGGAUCCUCCUCCUCCACAGACGCCCCAGACGCCAGCAAGCGCCCUCAUACCCCAGAAUCUGUGCCUCAUCCGCCAUCCACAUCCUCCAGCUCCGCCCCCACCAUCCGCACCACCGCUGGCCCCGCUGCUCCCGCCUUAGCAACAUGCCUCUCUCAUUCGCAUGAUGCGCCUCUCGCGGCGUACAUCUCGCAUCCCGCCAUCGAUGAUGCUAUCUAUGACCGGCUUACCCCUUACCGGAAGCACAUCAUCGUGGCGCUGGUCUCGUACUGCAGCUUCCUGUCGCCGAUGGGGAGCACGACGAUUCUGUCUGCUAUCCCUGAGGUGGCGUCCGAGUAUAACACGACGGGGACUGUGAUUAAUAUCAGUAGUGCACUGUAUAUGUUGUUUAUGGGGAUUUCUCCGUGUUUCUGGGGGCCGGCGAGUCAGAUUUUUGGGAGGAGAUGGGUCUGCAUUUCCACCGCAUUCCUCUUCGCCUGCUGCUCCCUCGGCACCGCACUCUCUCCCAACCUCGCCUCCUUUUUCAUCUUCCGUAUCCUUACCGCCUUCGAAGGGACCUCCUUCCUCAUCGUCGGUGCCGCCGUCCUAGGUGAUAUCUACCGCCCCACCGAGCGCGCCACAGCCAUGGGCUGGUUCCUCUCCGGAACUCUAAUCGGCCCCGCCCUUGGCCCCUUUAUUGGCGGCAUCAUCGUUACCUAUACCUCCUGGCGCGUAAUCUUCUACCUGCAAACCGGACUCGCAGCCGUUGGCACAGUCCUCGCCUACUUCCUCCUCCCCGAGACCAUACACCAAACCAAAACGCACCUUCUCGCCGGCCUCCCAUUGCGCAAGCAGGCUUCGGUGCUCGCGCAACUCACGAACCCAUGGCGUGUUAUUGCGCUGUUCAAGUACCCUCCCCUCACUCUCAUCUCGCUCUGUAGCAGCAGUCUCGUGUGGAACAUGUACAGUCUUCUCACGCCUAUCCGCUACGUGCUAAACCCGCGCUUUGGGCUCACAAGCCCUAUGCAAGCCGGUCUGUUCUAUCUGGCACCCGGAGCAGGUUACCUCGCGGGAACGUUCAUGGGCGGGCGCUGGGCCGAUCACACGACGAAGAAGUGGAUUGAGAUUCGCGGGGAGCGUGUUCCUGAAGAUCGGCUGCGGAGCGGGAUACCGUUUCUCGGCAUUGCGAUCCCAGCUUCGGUGUUAAUCUACGGAUGGAGCGUCGACCAGUCCGUCGGAGGGAUACCCGUGCCUGUGAUCUGUCUAUUCGUGCAGGGUGUAGCGCAGCUGUUCUGUUUCCCAAGUCUGAAUACGUACUGCCUUGACGUUCUGCCAGAGCUUGGUGCGGAGGUUAUUGCGGGGAAUUACAUGGUUAGAUAUCUGUUUGGGGCCAUGGGUACGGCGGUGGUGUUGCCGGCUGUGGAGAGUAUUGGGGUUGGGUGGUUUUCGACGAUCAGUGCGGGGUUUAUGAUUGUUGCUGCACUGGCGGCUGCGGCGACUGUGAAGUGGGGGAGGGGGUGGAGGGAUGCGGUUGAUGAGAAGAGGAGGGCUGCGAGGAGGGAGAAGGCGGAAGCGGAGGUGGAGGUAGAGGGGGAGGGAAGAGAGGAGGCAGGUGGUGUGACAGGCGCAGCGGUGGUGGGUGAUGAGAAGGUGUGAGGUGUGAGUUGGUUGUGGGCAGAUUUUUUGGAUUUUUUUGGCGCACAGCAUAGAUUGGAGUUUGGGAUACCACAAGUUAGAUGAUGUUGUUGCGAGCAUAUAUAUAGAGACUGCAUAUCUAAUAUAAUAUAGGAAGAAAUAUAAAGGACUAUCUACAUACAGG